AUGCGUUUCUUACAGGCUAUCUUCGCCACGCUGGCCGUGGGCACUGGGUUUUCUCGUGCAUCUCUGUACACAACUCAACCUGUUUCGGGCACAGUAUUUCACGCAGGAGAAUUAUCAAAAGUUUCAUGGAUUGACAACGGGACCAGUCCAGCUCUUGCGGAAUUGAAGCCGCUGAAACUUGAGCUCUAUGGUACAGCAGACACGCUGGUGGGAACGCUUGGGACGAACAUAGAUCCCACAAGUCUAUUUUACAACAUCACCAUCUCACCCUCCGUGGGCCCCGACGGUUCAGACUAUUAUCUUCGUUUCGUAUGCGAGGAUCCUCCACUCAAAUUCUACAGCGCCAAAUUUACCAUCGACGGCGCGUCCGCCAGCCCUGCGUCCGCCAGCUCUGGAAACGCCAACUCUGCAUCCAGCAAUUCUUCUACGAGUCAAAGCGCCUUGGACAAGCUGCAGCACGGUACGCCGACCGCCGCUGCUGCUUCCACGUCCUACAAAAUAUACCCGCUCGUCACCAUGAUCACCGCGAACGCGACGACACCGACGCAAAGUCACCCCACGCCCGCGCCAUCGAGCGCUUCUUCUCUGACGGCGCCGACGCAAUCAGGCAGGACGGUGGCGCAGACGAAUUCGGCGGCGGGACGGAUGGACAUGGAGAAGAUCAAGUUUAGGCUUGUGUUCAUUCUGUGGCCGGCGUUGAUGGGGAUCACGAUGGCGAUGUGA